GAGCAGAUCCGCGCAUCGCUGUGGCGGGGCGAGGGCACUCUCUACGACAUCGAGCUCGAGCCCGGCAAGCUGCAGGAGCUGCUCGCGGAGGUGUGCCCGGUCGCCCUGGAGAUCCUGCACGUGCGGGUGGACGAGCUGUACAUACAGAUCCCCUGGAGCCAGCUCGGGACGCAGUCCGUGGUCGUCGGGGCCAAGAAUGUCGAUGUCGGAUUCAACCUGCACUGCGAGGAUGAGGACGAGUGGCGGGACUACAUCGGCCCCAUGCUGCGGAAGCUCCGGCACGCCUCCCAGGAGACGCUGGCGGCCGCGCCCAGCAGCCUGGGGGACCCCGCGGGCACGUUCAACCAGCUGCAGAAGAGGUUGCUGCACAGCCUCCAGAUCCAGGUGGGCCACAUCCACGUCUCCGUGACGAGCCGGCACAGGCGGCAUUUCACGGCCCACGGCCACGGCGCGCCCGCGCGCGAAGACGAGGAGCCGCCCGGCGACAUGAUAGACGGUCCCCCCGAGGAGGCGAUUUCGUUGGAGUUCGAG